AUGACUUCAGAAAAACAACCUUUGUUUAAAAUAUGUGUUAUUGGUGAUGAAAAGAGUGGAAAAACAUCGUUAAUUAAAAGAGUUUUGUUUCGAGAAUUCGAAAAGGAACCCGAACCAUUUGAAGAAAUGUGCACACAAGGUGAAAUUGAAUAUAAUAAUGAAAAAAAUAUGAUCUGUUUUUAUGAAAAAAUUGAAGAAGUUGUUCCUGAAGGGUCUUAUGGGUAUCACUUCCCAUCUUUUUACUGUGAUCAAGAAGCUGUAAUAGUUGUUUGUGAUCUUGAGUGUAACGAUUCUUUAGAAAAUGUAGAAAAUUGGAUUAAGUACAGUGACAGAUACUUAUUAGAAGACCAUUUUUCUAUCAUUGUUGGUGUGAAAUCAGAUUCUCAAAAUAGGGUUAUAACAAAAGAAAAAGCGGAGACGUAUGCCAAAAGUUUUAACAGACAAUACUUCGAAGUAUCAAACAAAACAGGGAGUGGAAUUAAUGAACUUAUGGAAUAUAUGACAUGUGAAUACAAAAAGCUCCUUGUCCUUAGACAUGCAAAAUUCACUUUGAAACAAAACAAGAAAAUUGGGAAAAAACACAAAAGCAAAGAUGAAAAAGAUGAUAAAUGUUGUGUGAGUUGA